AUGGCCCCAACAAAGCAGGAGCUCUCCCUGCUCAUCAAUCCCCUCGUUCCCGAGGCCGUCCAGCAUAACAACCGGGUCCUAUCCUCCCUCCACUCCCUAACAGCCUUCCUCCUCGGCCUAUCCGCCGGCAUCCUGGCCCUCCAAUCAACCGCCGGCUUCGCCUUCUACUUCACCGGCACAGUCCUCGUCUCCGCCCUCUUCCACGUCGUCAUCCUAAAACGCUCCUCCGGCGCCGGUGCCGGCGCUUUCUUCCCCGGUAGCAGCGGCGGUGAGAUCGAGGGCCGCAUUAGCAUGGACGGCGGCGUGGUGCGCAUGGAGAAGGAUGGGAAGCGUGGUGGGUUUGUGUUGCGCCGGGGUGGGUGGAGGGAUGUUUGGUUUGGUGGCGGUGUUGUGAGUGAAGCUUUGAGUGGAUUUGUGCUGGGUUGGGCUGGUGUUGGUGGUGUCUUGAGGUAG